AUGUCUUUUUUCCAAAACUUCCAAAAAAACUUACAAGCUGGUCUUGAAGAAGGUUUAAAAGAAGCCCAAAAGUUAUCUUCAGAUUUCCAACCAAUUGCCACAAGAACUGCUAGACAAUUACAAGAAAGAUUUGGUCAAAUUGAUGAUAUCAGUGAAUUGCCACAAGAAUAUGUUGAAUUAGAAAGAAAAGUUGAUACUUUGAAAACUGUUUAUCAAAAUUUGUUAUCUGUCACUUCAACUUAUGAAAAUGAAAGUUAUGAUUAUCCAUCAAAUUUAAAAGAAUCUGUUAAUGAUAUCACAAAGACUAUUUCUACAAAAGUUGAAAAAUUAGCAUCUGCUAGAUCAAGAGAUGAAGCUCAAGCUAUCUUAAUUGCUUCUAAUCCAAAUACUCAACCAAAAACUUUAAAUCACGCUAUAAGUACUUCAACAAAUUUAUCAGCUUUAAAAAUUCAACAAACUUCAAGUGAUGAUUCAUUUGAUUCAAUUGCACAAGGUUUAACUCAAAUUGGUCAAACUGAAACCAAAAUUGGUGAAGCAAGAUUACAACAAGAUGCUCUUGUCUCUAAACAUGUUAAUGAUCAAUUUAGAAGACAAUUAAGAACAAAUUUACAACGUUCAGAUAAAGCUAGAAAAUUAGUUGAAAAUAAAAGAUUAAGUUAUGAUGCUGCUAGAACUUCUUUGAAAAAUGCAAGACCUGAAAAAGAAGCAAGUUUAAGAGUUACUUUAGAAACUUUAGAAGAUGAAUUUGCUGCUGCUACCGAAGAAGCUGUUUCAGUUAUGAAGAAUGUUAUUGAAAACACUUCAAUCUUGAGUGAAUUAACUGAAUUAAUUACUGCUCAAUUAGCUUAUCAUAAGGCUGCUUCUGAAUUAUUAGGUCAAUUAUUACCAAACAUUGAAAGUUUAAGAGAUGAAUCUGGUAAUAAAGCCUUAUCAGAUGUUGACGAUAAUGAAAUAUAA